AUGACCCUCAGUUCUGGCUCAGCUCAGCUGAUCCUGGAUCCUGCACACCAGCCAGAGGAGACCCCAGUCCCCAACCUGGUUGAGCUGACCCUGGAGCCUGUGCACUGCCGACCCGAGCUCCUGGAUGCCUGUGCUGACCUCAUCAACGAGCAGUGGCCCCGCAGCCGCGCCUCCCGCCUCCACUCCUUGGGCCAGUCCUCAGACGCCUUUCCUCUCUGCUUGAUGCUGCUAAGCCCCCGACCCACUUCAGAGGCAGCCCCCAUUGUGGUGGGCCAUGCCCGCCUGUCCCGGGUGCUGGAUCGGCCCCAGAGCCUGCUAGUGGAGACCGUGGUGGUGGCCCGGGCACUGAGGGGCCGUGGCUUUGGCCGCCGUCUCAUGGAGGGCCUUGAAGCCUUUGCUCGGGCCCGGGGCUUCCGCCGGCUACACCUCACCACCCAUGAUCAGCUGCACUUUUAUGCCCAUCUGGGCUACCGGCUGGGUGAGCCAGUGCAGGGCCUGGUCUUCACCAGCCGGCGACUGCCUGCCACCCUGCUCAAUGCCUUCCCCAGGACCCCCUUUCCCUGGUCACCCUGCAAGGCCCCUAGCCUGACUGCCCAAGCUGCCCCAAAAGUCCCCAAGGGCUCAUCAUUGCUGCCACCCCCUCCCCUGCCUGAACCCCCGACCACCUUACCCCCACCUCCAGCAGGGCCCCCUCCACAAAGCUCCCUGGAGACACAAUACCAAGACCUGAGAGGACGCCCCAUAUUCUGGAUGGAGAAAGACAUCUGA